UGGGCGGGUGGGGUGCGGCGCCGAGCCGGAGCGGCCGCCAGAUCCUGCCUCGCACCUGGUGCUGCCGGCAGGAUGCGCCCAGGGCCCGGAGGCUGCUGCUGCCGCCGCCCUCCGCUGCCGAACGGCUGCGUCGCGAACGGGGAGCUGCGGAACGGAUAUGUGAGGAGCAGCCCGGCAGCCGCCGCCGCCUCUGCUACCGCCGCCAGCCAGAUUCAUCAUGUUACUCAAAAUGGUGGUCUUUAUAAAAGACCAUUUAAUGAAGCCUUUGAGGAAACCCCGAUGCUUGUUGCUGUGCUUACAUAUGUGGGGUAUGGUGUUCUAACACUCUUUGGAUAUCUACGUGAUUUCUUGAGGCAUUGGAGAAUUGAAAAGUGUCAUCAUGCAACAGAAAGAGAGGAACAAAAGGACUUUGUUUCAUUGUAUCAGGACUUUGAAAACUUUUACACAAGGAACCUCUACAUGCGAAUUCGAGACAACUGGAACCGACCAAUCUGUAGUGUGCCUGGAGCCAAGGUGGAUAUCAUGGAAAGGCACUCCCAUGAUUACAAUUGGUCAUUCAAGUACACAGGAAACAUAAUUAAAGAUGUCAUCAACAUGGGCUCCUACAACUAUCUUGGAUUUGCAAAGAACACUGGGAUGUGCAAAGAAGCAGCAGCUAAAGUCCUGGAGGAGUACGGAGCUGGAGUAUGUAGCACUAGGCAAGAGAUUGGAAACCUGGAUAAGCAUGAAGAGCUAGAGAAGUUAGUUGCCCGGUUUUUGGGAGUUGAAGCAGCCAUGGCGUAUGGAAUGGGUUUUGCCACCAACUCAAUGAAUAUCCCUGCUAUUGUUGGCAAGGGCUGCCUCAUAUUGAGUGAUGAACUGAACCAUGCAUCUCUAGUUCUUGGAGCAAGGUUAUCUGGAGCAACCAUUAGAAUCUUCAAACACAAUAAUAUGCAAAGCCUUGAGAAGCUAUUAAAAGAUGCCAUUGUGUAUGGACAGCCUCGAACACGAAGGCCCUGGAAGAAAAUCCUCAUCCUUGUGGAGGGAAUAUACAGCAUGGAAGGGUCAAUUGUUCGCCUCCCUGAAGUGAUUGCCCUUAAGAAGAAAUACAAAUCUUACCUGUAUCUAGAUGAAGCCCACAGCAUUGGGGCCCUGGGCCCAACAGGUCGGGGUGUAGUAGAAUACUUUGGUCUGAAUCCCGAGGACGUGGAUGUUAUGAUGGGGACAUUCACAAAGAGCUUUGGAGCUGCUGGAGGAUACAUUGGAGGCAGGAAGGAACUGAUAGACUACCUCCGAACACAUUCUCAUAGUGCGGUAUAUGCCACAUCGUUGUCACCACCUGUUGUGGAACAAAUCAUCACCUCCAUGAAAUGCAUUAUGGGUGAAGAUGGCACAAACCUUGGCAAAGAAUGUGUGCAACAGCUAGCUGAAAACACUAGGUAUUUCAGAAGGCGAUUGAAGGAGAUGGGAUUCAUUAUCUAUGGAAAUGAAGAUUCCCCUGUGGUGCCUUUGAUGCUAUACAUGCCAGCUAAAAUUGGUGCAUUUGGACGGGAGAUGUUGAAGCGGAACAUCGGUGUGGUUGUGGUGGGAUUUCCUGCUACCCCAAUUAUUGAAUCUCGAGCUAGGUUUUGCUUGUCAGCAGCACAUACCAAAGAAAUACUUGAUACUGCAUUAAAGGAAAUAAAUGAAGUUGGGGACCUGUUGCAGCUGAAGUAUUCCCGUCACCGGUUGGUACCUCUGUUGGACCGGCCCUUUGAUGAGACUACAUAUGAAGAAACAGAAGACUGAGCCCUCUUGGUGACCUUUAAAGGACACCCUCCCUCACCCAGGACAAUAUGUGGCCUUUCUGAGCCCAGUCUAGGAACCACAUUCUGUGGCUGCUUCAUGUAAAAGACAUUUAUUUUCUCACAAUACUGAAGGUGACCACAUCCAAUCCAAAUGGCAUUUUGUAAAUAGUGAAAGUUGCUUCACGUUCUUUCUCUGCCACAUCUCUCCUUCAAAGAAAGGUGUCUUAUUCUUUGCCUUCCCUCCCCUCACACACACACAUUUUUUGGAAGGGGGAAAAAAAGGUUUUGUUUUAUAGCUCUUGUCCUGGUGAAAUCACGCUAUCUAUCCUAGCCUGCGUUUGGCUAACCCUGUAAACCACUCCCCACCUUCCCACCUGUCCCUACCACGCCAGCCCCAGGUAGGCCUCCUCUGCACAGCUGUGGCUGCUGUUAGUUACAGAGCAGUACCUGCAGAGAGAAUCCACUGCUUUCGUCCUCCUUAGGAAGCAAGUGUCCUCCACUUACCUUUCUUCCAAUCCUUGGAAGUUAUUCAUGUUAAAGCUGUAAUUUAACCAGACAGAUAAUCAACCAAAGCUCUCUUUCUUUAGUUUUAUCUUCAAUUUAAACACUUGAAACUUAGCUUUAAUUUUUUUUUUUAAAUAACAAAUGUUGCUGAUGGGAUCAUUAUGUAACUCACCCCCCCCCCCCCGCAGGCCUCCAAGAAUGUCCAAUAUCCAUUUUCAUCCUGGCUACUAGAUGUUUUUUAUUUUGCCAUCAAGUGUUUCCUCAUGAUAUUCACCAACCUAGAGUAUGUCCACACAGGACAGAAUUUUUCCCCUAUUAAGCAUGUUUAAUAUUUAUGAGAUAGCCAUAUCCCAUUCCUAUUGAAUCUCUUUUUGCCAGUGAGACCCUUAUUAGUGAAGGCAAAUUUCCUGUUUUGGUAUUUCAUGUACAAAGCUGCUCUACACUGUCAGGUGGUUGGUUGGCUAUGAGACAAGGGUUUUGUAAAAGCACUGCUGAAAAGGAUCACCGAGAAGAAUGCUGUUCAUGUAACUGACCAUGACUCAUGAGUCUUACUGCUUCCUAUAGCUCAGAAUUGUGGCUGUUUUCAGUCAGGACUUAGAGUGAUUGAAUAAAAUAGGAAUAAGUUCUCAGCUGGAAGCCACUCAGUCUAUUUCUAUGAAAGGAUUACCAUUGCUACACUAGCUCUUUUUAAAAGCCCACUUCCUUCUUCUGGUUAUAUCCUGAUCACUGCUUUCCUUUAUUGUUUUCCAUCAAAACUCAUGGUUACAUUGCUUAUUUUAACCGGCUUCUGACACUGAGAAACUUGCCUGUUUCCUUGUUAACUAGCCUUUGUCCUUUUUUGUGAGAGGUUUAGAAUGUAUCCUUUGCUUGCAUUGGGCUCCUUGGACCCUCUGCCAAGGGGGCCUGCUAAGGGAAUCCAUGUGCACACCACCAUUCCAAAGCUAUUCUUUUAAAAAAAAAAAAAAAAGCUAUCUUUUAACCAAAGCCUAAGGGAGAAAUGUUCUUGGCUUUACUGUACCCAAAGUUAGCUUGUCUUUCCAAAAGAUAAGAGAUCAUCAAACAUCUCAGGGGGAGAUUGGGAAAGGAAUGGAAAAGAGUACUCUGAGUAUGGACUGGAGUGUGUGUGUGUGUGUGUGUGUGUGUGUGUGUGUGUGUUUUGAAACCAUUUGUUUUACCGGCAAAGUUUCUCAUCUCAUUCUAUACAGGCAGCUUGUCAUCAGCUGUAGUAUGUUUGUGAAGAAAUGCUAAGUUGUUAAGUAGAAGGCAGAAAAAAUGCUAUUUAUGGGUUGGGUUUGUUAUUUGCUUUUAAUGUAUUAAAUAUGUUCAUUUUCCUGAUCCCCAAACUUAAAACCUUUGGGUAAAGUCCAUGGUUUUGUGCCUUUUUUUUUUUUUUUAAGUUUGGAGAAAGUUGAAUAGAGGUGGAGAAGACUAUAUGUAACACAUAUAAGUGAAGAAAUGAAGAGUAACAGGAAGGGAAAUAGUCCUUUGGCAAAAACCAAGCAAACAGCUAGCUCUUCCUAAGUGAAUGCUUCCCCACCAUAGCACCCAUAUGCCAAGCAACAUCUUCUGCCCUUCAGUUGAAGAGAAUCUCCAAGAUCUCAUACAUAGACUUUCAAAUCAGUGCAUUUUUCUACCCUGCCUUUUACCUUGGGAUAAAUGAGGUGGUAGCAAAUGAAAAUGUGCAACAUUUUAUGGCCAGUUUUUAAAUUGAUAUUAUUACAUUAUGACAGUGUAGAAUAAACUUAAACAAGUCUAAGUUUAAACUAUGGUUUUAUUUAUAAAGGAUAAAAAAAACCAAACCCUUAUGCUAUCCAGAAUUCCAUGCUUUCUAAGAGAUGAACUGCUAUUUUAUUCUAACCUAUGGAAGAAUGAAUUACACAUAAUGAUUGGUUAUCUCCCUUCUUGAUACUGUGAUAUCUACAUUAUAGUCAAACGUCUAUUUAGUAUCUUUAUUUAACUGUUUUGAAAUCAUUAAGUUUACCUGUUGAUUAAUGAGGUGGAAUCUGGUUCACCAGGCAUGACAGGACACCCUGAUACACUGUGGUGUGGGAAUCUGGUGGGGGGACCCUGUAAGAUUGAUCUAUUGGGGCAGCUAGAUGGCGCAGUGGAUAGAGCACCAGCCCUGGAUUCAGGAGUACCUGAGUUCAAAUCCGACCUCAGACACUUAACACUUACUAGCUGUGUGACCCUGGGCAAGUCGCUUAACCCCAAUUGCCUCACUUUAAAAAAAAAAAAAAGAUUGAUCUAUUAAUCAGUUAUCACCAAAGGCUGGGAUCCAAAGUACUAUAUUAAGCACUGCAGAAUAGGUAAUUUCCUCUUUUUUCUUCAUCUUUACCUGCCACCUUCUCCUUCUCCUUCCAUCGCUUCAGUGAAUUCCUUAAGCUGUUUUGAAGUUCAUAUUCUUUGGAGAACACAUUAAAUCAAUCCUCCCCUCUAAGAAAUAAAGUGUUGAAUUCAAAUCCAGUAGCUAUUUCUCCCUACACACCCAGCAAUGUGAAAUCAGGUAUAACAAAUGGGAAGGGAGGAGGUGGCAACCUCUUCAGUCUUCAUUGAUGCUUUUACCAAAGAUUUCACAGGAUCCUUGUUUUAGCACAAAUAAACUUAAUGAUUGUGAAACAUUCCUAGAGAGAUUCCCUUUAGGAGUAGGGACCUUUCUGUUUUGUUUUGGAUGAAAUCUUCAUUUCAGUAAAAAUAUAUUUAGCCUCUAGACCUUUAAGAAACUGAUUGUCUAUGAACAUGCAGCCCAAGGACCCAACCAUGUUUUGUUCACUUUAAUUGAGCCUUUGCCACUUACAGGGUAGUGUUUCCAAAUGAAAAGAUCACUUCUCAGCAUCACUUUUAAGUUUCUUUUCCCCAGAGAGAGCUGGUGUGGUAUGCUGUUUAUGGUGUUUUAGGAUGGGUAUAUCAGAAAUGGUUUUUUUUUUUUAAUUACAAAUUGGAUGCAUAUAUGUGGCUCUCUCCAAAUGCAUUUGGCCCAACUUGUUUAGGCUUUCUAAUAGGCUGGCAUCCUUUUUACCCCCCUUCCAACUUAAUAUGCAAUCAGCAUCCAUAUUUCUUUUCGGACCAAUAAUCGUCUGUCCAACUGAAUUUACCAGAAUCCACAUAUGCCUCUUCUGCUUGUUCAUGGACACAGGGAGAAAGUAUGACUUGAGGAAACUUCAUAGUUCCUUUAAAAGAAAAUCCUCAACUAACAUCUGACUACCUCCAUUUCUUUUUCUUCCAAAUUGGUGAGGAGACUAUCUCCCUCAAUAAGAUUGGAUAUGGUGACCGCUACCCGAUUAGGCCACAAGUAGGGAAGAAAACUAGUUUAUUUAGUCUAUCCUGGUUAGGAUAGUAUGGAGGUAUGGUAUAAAAUAUCUAAAGAAACAUGGAUCCUAUUGGCCUGGGGGCAGGGGGGGGUAAGGGUGGCGCUCCAGAUUGCAUUGGUUAUCGAAUAGUACUUGGGUAGGCUGUUGUUUUUUACAAUUUAGUUGAGACACUACCUAUUUAUUCCUUCUCCUGGUGUUCCAUCUAUAAAGUGAUUUUUUUUUUAAUUUCUGUUUGCAUAACCUGACCCCAUGUGAUGUGAAAUGAAUGGAACUAGAGAAGUCCUUUUUCCUUAUGUGGUCUUGUUCACAAUGUGAUUCAUGGAUUAAUGUCAGAUAUUCCAUGCUGUUAAAAAAAAAAAAAAAAGGAGAGGGCACCAGUAUACAGAGGGAGAGCAUCAGAAUCGAGGUUAGAAGACUCAGUACUGCUUCAAGAGCCUUCAAGUGUGGCUGCUACCUGUUUUACAUGGGGACACAGUUGUCAGCAUGCAAUUCAAUCCAGCAAGCCAGGAAAGCAAACCAUACUUACCUGGGAGAGACAAGCAUGUGUGCUCCCUGCUUGAUGAAAUGUAGUUCUCAGACUCCCAGUCUAUAUUGUCCCAUGCCUUAUGCAGGCAGAAUUUGGCAGCUGUCUCUCUCCCUUAUCGUGCCGAACAAAUGCCUCGAGCCAAGGAGUGAUUUUUUGUUGGAUUUGAUUUGGUAGAUGUUGUGUCCUCUUCUGUCCCUUUUAACCGUCAGAUUUCCUGAGCAUGUCCUGCUAUAUAAACUGAAUGCCUGAUUGGUGCAGGGAACCAAAGGUGUUGGCUCUCAUUCCUCCAGUAAGAAUGCUAUGUUUUGUCCCUUGUAACUCGUGAAUCUAGAAUUAAUCUUGUUCCUAUCCCAUCCCGAACCUCAAGAAGAAAGUAGGGAAGGGUGCAGGCAAGAAAGAUUUUGUUUACUGUAUAAUGCACAUCAUAAAUGGCCUUAAACUGUGAUUCUUUUUGGUAUGAUGUCUUUUCAUUAACUGACCCGAAAGAAUGCAGUGACUCUUAAACUGCAGGUACCCGUAUUUUUAAUGAAGUAGUACCUGCAGCUUUGUUCUUGCUAAGCAAGUGGAAGGAUAGGGAGCUGUAGAAGAAAGGAGGAAGCUACCUCUUUUGCUUUCUAAGUGUCUUCCCCUACUCUGAUCUCUGUGGAUGAGGAAGGAAUAUUCCUAUGCAUAAGGAGACUUGAUUCAGUUAAAAACUUGCUUGAUGCAACAUUCUGUAGCCAAGCCCUUCAUGCAAAGCUUUGGUAACUUAGCCAGGAAUUCCUGGAGAAUAGAGAAGGGAAAAUAGUAGGAAGAAAAUUAGGGCUUCUCACUGCCUGGUAUGGGGUAAUGACUGAUUUUGUUUCCUCCCUUGAAAUAGGGGUCUUGGUUUAUAGUAACUGGAAAUGGACCAGUGGUUGGAAUGAUAGGAGAAGCACAGGAUAUGUUACAUCCCAACCUCUUUCAACCAACACCCCCAUACAAUCUCGAUGAUCCCUCUCUGCAUGAAGGCAGCUAAUAUAAGGAAGAUGGGUAAAAAGUACAGGUUAAAGAAUUAGGGAAACAGCCUUUUUUGGAACCUGAGGUGUUUGGUGGCCCAGAUUUUUCCAUUGCCAUAGAGGAGAGGACAAAGUGGAAUUGCAGGGAGUAGGGUGGAAUUGUCCCUCUCUGGUCCUGUAAUGUACAUAUAUACAUACCCUUGGGGGGAGGAUGGGGAUAGAUUGUAAAUAUGAAACAUUUUAAAUAAAAUUUUGUAACUGAUUCCCCUAUACCACCGAAAUAAAGUAUUUUAUGCCAGAUGAUCUAA